AAAUACAUUUUUACUCCCUCAGCAAAACAGGAAGACGUGUUCAAGAAGAAUUGAAAGUGAAAGGCUGACUUGAGUAUAACCAAAUAAGAAAGUUUAGACUCGGAGUGUCUUGUCAUUUCUUGUCCACUUGCGAGAAGUAUUUAAAGAUAUUAAAAAAAAUGUCAUCGAUCCCAUUCUUUGGCUGGGAGGCAUUCUAUGAUGAAGAUCCUCAUCUUCAGGCAAACCAGGAAGCCAAAUCAGGCAGACACUAUACGAUGUAUCACGGCACCUCUGUGCAAGUAGCUCGUCAGAUCAUAAAAAAUGGGUUCCGGCAAUCAUCAGAUGGAAUGCUUGGACCUGGAGUUUAUGUGAGCCGUGACCAGAAGAAAGCAGAGCGCUAUCCUCUGAGAUCCCCAGCUACUGACAGAGUAGUGCUUAAAUUAAGUGUCGACUGUGGAAAAGUCAAAAAAAUUGAUAAGGACAACCAUCCCCUACAGAAGACCUGGCAUAGUCAAGGCUACGACACUGCCUGGGUACCUCCUAACUGCGGCAUGAAAGCUGUGCCUAGCGGUCUAGAAGAGGACUGUGUCUUUGACCCAGCGCGUAUCGAGGUCACAGAUAUUGCUCUUGCACCCAACACGACCAUCUUAACUGAACUCAAACAGCUCAUUGCGCAAAACCAAAAGUCUCCAUCACAAUUGAACACCUCAGGUACUUGUACAGUGUGCAAGUUAAAACUAGGACCUGCUCAUACUGUACAGCCAUGCUGGGGAUGCGGAGAAACUAUUUGCGCUCUCAUGAUCAAACACAAGUGUGACCCCUACUAAUCAGAAACUGGUCAGGAAAUCAUGAAGGAUGCUUCAUCCAGGAGGCUCAGGUUUUAGACUGGUUUGUUGAAAUGUCAAUGCAUGUUUAAACUUGAACUGAAAGCCACUUUAUCUGUGUAUACAAAGAUUUUACUUUCCUCAGUUCUCAGGAACACACAAUCAUCUUUGACAUUUAUGCUCUGACAAUUUCUUUUUCCUGAUGAUGUGUGCCACCAUGUUUGAUGUUAUUUACAAAACUGAAAUUAUAUAUACAAGUAUUGAUUGCCUAUGACUGUGAAUGAUCUAUACAUUUUUCAAGAUUUUUUUCAGUUAAAAAUGUAUUAAAAAUACAUCAAUUUUGUGCAAUCAGACUAGUUAUAUUAAAUGUUUGACAAUA